AUGCUCUGUGCUUAGCCAGGCAUCCCCGAUGCUCGCGUCGCUCGGCUGCCUCCCUGCCCUCCAUGGCCGCGUUUUCCUGACCGAGGCGUCGCCUCCGUCUCCUCCUUGCAGGCGUCUCUUUUUCACACACACACACCCCGGGUCUUCCAUGGCCGCGCUGUGAGCGGAGGGGCCGCGCCAGAGGGAGGGCGGCUUCCCCCACCGGCAUGGCGGGGCGUCGAGGCGCGGGCGGUGGCGGCGGCGGCGGAGGGGCAGGCUCGGGGGAAGCGCCGCUGCCCUCCUCGGCGUGCUGCGGCGGAGCGGAUCCGGCCCGCGAGCUCUUCGAGGCCUGCCGCAACGGCGACGUGGAGCGCGUGAAGCGCCUGGUGCGGCCCGAGAACGUGAACGGCAGAGACACGGCCGGCAGGAAAUCCAGCCCGCUCCACUUCGCCGCAGGUUUCGGUCGAAGGGAUGUAGUUGAAUAUUUGCUUCAAAGUGGUGCUAAUGUUCAUGCACGAGAUGAUGGGGGCCUCAUCCCACUUCAUAACGCCUGCUCUUUUGGUCAUGCUGAAGUCGUCAAUCUCCUCCUGCGUCAUGGUGCAGAUCCUAAUUCCCGGGAUAAUUGGAACUACACACCUCUUCAUGAAGCAGCCAUUAAGGGCAAAAUUGACGUCUGUAUAGUACUGUUGCAGCAUGGUGCUGAUCCAGUUAUCCGUAAUACAGAUGGAAGAACAGCACUGGACUUAGCAGAUCCAUCAGCGAAAGCUGUGCUUACCGGUGAAUACAAGAAAGAUGAACUCUUGGAAAGUGCCAGGAGUGGAAAUGAAGAAAAAUUGAUGGCCCUUCUCACACCACUAAAUGUCAACUGUCAUGCAAGUGAUGGCAGGAAGUCAACUCCUUUACAUUUAGCAUCUGGUUAUAACCGUGUUAAGAUUGUACAGCUGUUGUUGCAACAUGGAGCUGAUGUGCAUGCUAAGGAUAAGGGAGACUUGGUACCACUUCAUAAUGCAUGUUCCUAUGGUCAUUAUGAAGUAACAGAACUUCUAGUAAAGCAUGGAGCAUGUGUAAAUGCAAUGGAUCUGUGGCAAUUUACUCCUCUACAUGAAGCAGCUUCUAAGAACAGAGUAGAAGUAUGUUCUCUCUUGCUCAGCUACGGUGCUGAUCCCACACUGUUAAACUGCCAUAAUAAAAGUACUAUAGACUUGGCCCCAACACCACAGUUAAAAGAAAGAUUGGCAUAUGAAUUCAAAGGACACUCACUGCUGCAGGCUGCAAGGGAAUCUGAUGUAGCUCGUGUGAAAAAACAUCUCUCUCUUGAGAUUAUAAACUUCAAGCAUCCCCAAACUCAUGAAACUGCCUUGCACUGUGCUGCUGUAUCUCCAUAUCCUAAAAGAAAGCAAGUAUGUGAGCUGCUUCUAAGAAAAGGGGCCAACAUCAGUGAAAAGACAAAAGACUUCCUGACACCCCUCCAUGUGGCAUCAGAAAAAGCUCAUAAUGAUGUUGUUGAAAUUCUUGUGAAACAUGAAGCAAAGGUAAAUGCGUUGGAUAAUCUUGGCCAGACCUCUCUGCAUCGAGCAGCACACUGUGGGCACCUGCAGACCUGUAGGCUGUUACUGAGCUCUGGUUGUGAUCCAUCAGUUGUGUCACUUCAGGGUUUUACAGCCUCUCAGAUGGGAAAUGAGAGUGUUCAACAAUUAUUGCAAGAAGGCAUCCCUUUAGGCAAUUCAGAAGCAGAUCGACAGUUGUUGGAAGCAGCAAAGACAGGCGAUGUGGACAUAGUAAAAAAGUUAUGUACAAUUCAGACUGUGAAUUGCCGGGACAUUGAAGGGCGUCAGUCCACCCCACUUCACUUUGCAGCAGGAUAUAAUAGAGUGUCUGUGGUUGAAUAUCUUCUGCAGCAUGGUGCUGAUGUUCAUGCAAAAGACAAAGGAGGCCUUGUCCCUUUGCAUAAUGCCUGUUCUUACGGGCACUAUGAGGUGGCUGAACUACUUGUUAAACAUGGUGCAGUUGUGAAUGUAGCAGAUCUGUGGAAAUUCACUCCUUUGCAUGAAGCUGCUGCAAAAGGGAAAUACGAGAUUUGUAAACUUUUGCUACAGCAUGGGGCUGACCCCACAAAGAAAAACAGAGAUGGGAAUACUGCCUUGGACCUUGUCAAAGAUGGCGACACAGAUAUUCAAGAUCUCCUUCGAGGAGACGCAGCUUUGCUGGAUGCUGCAAAGAAGGGUUGUUUGGCUCGGGUGAAGAAAUUGUGUUCCCCUGAUAAUGUAAAUUGUCGAGAUACACAAGGGCGACAUUCAACUCCUCUACACUUAGCAGCUGGCUACAACAAUUUAGAAGUUGCAGAAUACCUGCUACAACAUGGAGCUGAUGUUAAUGCACAGGACAAAGGGGGCCUAAUUCCACUCCACAAUGCAGCAUCCUAUGGGCAUGUAGAUGUAGCAGCUUUGCUUAUAAAGUAUAAUGCGUGUGUAAAUGCUAUGGACAAAUGGGCUUUCACAUCUUUGCAUGAAGCAGCCCAGAAAGGAAGGACACAGCUUUGUGCCUUAUUAUUGGCACAUGGAGCUGAUCCUACUCUGAAAAACCAGGAAGGACAAACGCCAUUAGACCUAGUCACCGCAGAUGAUGUUAGCGCAUUGUUGACAGCCGCCAUGCCUCUUUCUGCCUUGCCAUCUUGUUACAAACCUCAGGUUAUAAAUGUAUCUCAGAACACGGGACCUUCAGCCGAUUCACUUUCCUCUGUUCCAUCCAGCCCUUCUAAUCUAUCAGCUGCCAGUAGCCUUGACAACUUGUCUGGUAGCUUUUCUGAACUCUCAGUUGUUAGUACAAAUGGUGCCGAGGGAGCUACUAGCUUAGAGACCAAGGAAGUUUCAGGUGUAGAUUUUAGCGUAAAUCAGUUUGUGAGAAAUCUUGGACUUGAUCAUUUGAUCGAUGUGUUCGAAAGAGAGCAAAUAACGUUGGAUGUGCUGGUUGAAAUGGGGCACAAAGAAUUAAAGGAAAUUGGAAUCAAUGCUUAUGGGCAUAGACACAAAAUAAUUAAAGGAGUUGAAAGAUUAAUCUCAGGACAGCAAGGUCUUAAUCCCUACCUGACUUUGAAUACUUCUGGUAGUGGAACUAUCCUCAUUGACCUUUCUCCUGAUGAUAAAGAGUUUCAAUCAGUGGAAGAAGAGAUGCAGAGCACUGUUCGAGAGCACAGAGAUGGAGGGCACGCUGGUGGCGUUUUCAACAGAUACAACAUUUUAAAGAUACAAAAAGUUUGCAACAAAAAACUCUGGGAACGAUACACUCACAGGAGGAAAGAAGUUUCUGAAGAGAAUCAUAAUCAUGCUAAUGAAAGGAUGUUAUUUCACGGCUCCCCGUUUGUGAAUGCGAUCAUUCAUAAAGGUUUUGAUGAAAGACAUGCCUACAUAGGUGGAAUGUUUGGAGCUGGAAUUUAUUUUGCUGAGAAUUCUUCCAAAAGCAAUCAGUAUGUGUAUGGUAUUGGUGGUGGCACAGGUUGCCCAAUUCACAAAGACAGGUCUUGUUAUAUCUGUCAUAGGCAGUUGCUGUUUUGCCGUGUUACAUUGGGCAAGUCUUUUCUGCAGUUCAGUGCAAUGAAAAUGGCUCAUUCUCCUCCAGGACACCAUUCAGUUACUGGUCGGCCUAGUGUAAAUGGACUAGCGUUAGCAGAAUAUGUCAUUUACAGAGGAGAGCAGGCCUAUCCCGAAUAUUUGAUUACUUACCAGAUUGUGAAACCUGAAGUCAUCACAGAAGCUUGAAACCUCAAGUGUUUUGCAAAGAGAUCAAACUAAAGAGAGUACUGAAUUGCUGAAAAAUUGUAUCCCAAUCCAUGGACAUUGUGGUAGAAAAUGUGAAUAAAAUCUAACAUUUUGACUUGGUAAAGCUUUAAUAAAUGUAUAGUAAAUUUUCUACAAUUUCAGAGAUGUCGUUUUUCAGCACUUUAACAGAUCUCAUUCCAGGUGAUACUGGUUUUGUCUGUACUAAAUUAUAUAACAACUAAUAACUUGAAUUAUGUUUUCUAUAUGCUAUUACAGUGAAGUCUAACAAACUGUAUUGCUAUACAGGAACUCAUUUUACUAAUACUGUGUUCUUUAAAACUCUACAUUUACACAGAGUCAUUUGUAAAACUGUAAAUAAGAGCUUUUCUACUAGCUUGGUAUUUAUUUACAUUGUUUUGUAAUACAUGUGUGUUAGAAUUGCAGCAUAUGCAAAUCCUCUUUUUGUCAUUGCAUUAAUCCAUCUGCAUUUCACCACAUACAGUAGUUUGAAGGACCUUGUAAGAUUCCAGGUCUUGUCAGUCGAGAUAGAGAUGUGCCCAACAUUCAGAGAGAACAAAGAGAUUCUGAUAGAUUGUCCACAGAAUAGAACACAUUCCAAAGUACUUGGGUAGGACAUUUCAGUUCCUGAACAAAUCCACCAGAAGUUAAAAAUUUCAGUUGGCUUUAGAAGUGAGAAGGGAGCUAUCCACAAUGCAGCUAAAUUUUGGGAGCAUAUUCCAUUCGGAGGCAAUACAUUUUGUAGCAUACUUUAUCCUCCUUUAUUUGAGUAAGGUUGAACACAGAUUACGAGAUCAACAUUUUCACACACCCCUCUCUGAGCAAAGUCUGUUGGAACUGCACCUUUCCAUUCUUAAGUAACUAUGCCUGAUCAGCCAACUUUCUGUGAGCACUAUUCAGCUUACCAUAAGCUUUGGCUGUGCAUUCCACAUAAUAGUCAUUGAAGGCACAAGGCAGUACAGGAAGUUACUGCUACACUGACAGCACAAUCCUAUGCGAAGUUACUCCAAUCUGAAUUAUAGGGUUGAAUUGUGAGAUAUUGAUGUAUUCUUCACCCUCUCUCCUACUAUCUGCAUUCCUUAUUCAUUGAGUUCCAUGUAGAACUACCGUGUUUCCCCCAAAAUAAGACAGGGUCUUAUAUUAUUUUUUGCUCCAAAAAUUAGCAAAAUUUUGCUGUGUUUUGCUUAUUUUCAGGGGAUGUCUUAUUUUUUGCACACACACACACCCCACGUGACCAGAUCAGCUGCGCCAGGUGAUCUAAUUUGGGCUUAUUUUUGGACUAGGGAUUAUAUUUCAAGCAUCCUCCAAAAAUCCCGAAAAAUCAUGCUAGGGCUUAUUUUCAGGGUAGGUCUUAUUUUGGGGAAAACAGGAUACCUAAUCAUUUCAAAGACUUUUAUGUAAAUAUAAUCAAUUCAUGCAUAAUUUCAUUCUAAUUUUAAAUUAUACUUUAAUUGGCUUCUUCAGCAUAUAGGACUUUGACCCCAUCAUAUAAUUUAAUUGUAAAUCAUUAUCACAUUAUAGUUUAAAGAAAGACUGCCGAGACUGCUUGAACAUUCUUGCUCAUAUUGUGCAUUUUAAGUAAGAGCACAUGAAGUCAGUGCAUGAAUUAUUCCAAAAUCAUGUGGAAAACAUAAUUAGCCCACUGUAUGAUGUGAUUGCUGCUGCAAGCAGUGCAGACAAUAUAAAAGGAGUCUUAAUUUGUGUGGUACUUUUUUGCAGCAUGUUUUCCACUCUUUAGCUUUACCAAAUGAUGUUCAUGCAAAAUCUACUAUGGUUUUAAGCGUUGAGAUAUUAGUUUCAUUGCUGAGUAUUUCAUUCUUUUGGAUGUUUAUUUAAUAUGGUGUAAGUUAGUGUGGCAUGGUAACAUUUUAAAUGGUGCCACAAGGUUGGUUAGAAAGUUUUUAAUUUUGCAUGACACGUCAUCUUUUUUGAAGGUUGGAAAUAUAAUGGUUUUGAGAUUAUGUUGGCAUGAGGUGAAAUUCUGGCCUCCUGUGCAAUUAGUGUUCUGCUCAUCUUGAAGUGUCUUCUAUGUAUUGUACCACAUUCCAUACCAUUCAACCCUAAAUAAACUUCAUUCACAUA